AUGUUAUUUUAUUUAAUUGUAUUUUUAAACAUAGUUGGCAAUAAGAUAUAUGUUUUUUCUCAAGCACACAGGGAUUUCAAAUAUUUUUACAACAACUACCAUGGAAAUUGUUACACGUUCAACUCUGCUGCUGCUACGGGUCCAAACUCAACCCUGAAAAUUUCAAGAAAAUCUGGUCCCAGAUACGGAUUGUCCAUUUUGUUUUACUUGGCUCAAGAUGAAUAUGUUGGACAACUGGCCCAGUCAGCAGGGUUGAGAGUGGUCGUUCACGAUCCCAAACGCAUGCCCUUUCCAGAAGAUGAAGGUAUCCUUGUGGCUGCGAACUCUCUAACUCACAUUGGAGUUACCAUGACACAAACAAAAAAACUGAACGGCCUGUAUGGAAAUUGUAGCAGUGAGGACGAUACGGACAGAAGUCCAACUUUGUAUCAAAAACUUUUUAAAGUUUCAUACUGUCAAAAAGGUUGUUUGUACACGUGCUUGAAUGACGAAAUUUUGAAAAAUUGCGGCUGUUUUGACAUAAAAUUUCCAUUGGACGAAAUAGUGCGUACUAGUUUUAACACAUGUUCCGUCGCCAAUGAAAGCCUAACAACAUGUGCUAAUAACGUAUGGAAAGCUUACGAAAAUGAAAGUCUUCUUUGCAGUUCAAAAUGUACUGUUCCUUGCAGGGAGACCAUUUAUAAGCCAAUUAUAAGCCGAGAAAAUUGGCCAUCCAGCAAUUAUUUGGCAGAUAUUCAGAACAUACCAAGUUUAAGAAAAAUAGCUAAAUACUUAUCAGAUUAUGAGGGGGAACGUGAUUAUGGUCAGUUCAUCGUAUACAUUCAAGAUUUCAGUUACACUACCAUUGAAGAAUCGGAAGCGUACCAGAUCAUGCAGUUCACAUCUGACGUAGGAGGCAUAUUGGGCUUGUACAUUGGAUUCUCGCUACUCACCGUUGUGGAGUUUUUUGAACUUGCUGUGGAUAUCAUUGGAAUUAUUGGCUAUCAGGUUUAUCUCAAUGGCAGAACUACAUUCAAGAACUGGAAGAGAGAGAAUAGAAUAAAGAAUUGCAAUCGUGUGAUCCCCGAUAAAGAAGUCAAAAGCACAGUGAACAUAAUGAUGGAUGACGAGGAAGUAGCAGAACGUGACAUGGAUCCACGCGCUAAACCGAGAACUGGAGCCCCUUAUUACAAACUAUCAAGUCCAGCCAAGCAAGAAUUAACGUCUGUCCAUAUUUGA